GUUGGCUCCGAAUGCGUCGGGAAUCGUACACUGGAACUGUACUCCUUGUGUACGUGUAAUAUCGCACACGACGGUAUUCGUGGAACACGUACACACAUACAGAAGAACUUUUUCUCCCGGAAAUCCUAGUCGACGUUCACGUCGGGCACCAAGCUUUUGUGAAAUGUCAAGCACCGUACAUUAUGAUGGGUUGAAUGUCUUCGAGAAAACUGUCAGAACGAGCGUAAACGAUAGAGCACGACUCGAAAGCAGAGGCGAACCAGUGAGAGGAAUAGCACGGACGGGGAAAAGUGGGAGUGAAAGUGGAAAAAUUUGCUUUUUCGAAAUUACACAAGGUACAGAGGCACGAUCCUAGUGAAACGUUCAAUUGCUAAUGUUUCGCGGGAACGAUGGAGCCCGAAGAACCUUUGAUACAAGGGAUCCUGCUGUUACCACCACAGGGCAUGUUAGGCCAACUCAAGAAAACAUGGCACAAAAGAUUCUGUCAGUUGUUUAGAACUAGCAAUUAUGGGAUCAAACGUGUGGAAAUAUAUGAUAAUCAAGAAGAAGCUGUAUUGCAACUUCAUGCUCCUCGCAUCAUUACAUUAGAUGCAUGUAUUAAAAUUGCACCCAGUAAUCAGUCCCAUGUAUUUACUGUUGUGACAAAAUCAGGGAUUCAUUAUUUUGGAUGUUAUUCAGAAGUAGAUAUGAGUCAUUGGAUUACUGCAUUUCAAUUAGUAGCAUUUAAAGAUAGUGUAUCUAAUCAAACAAUAGAGGAAAACAAUGAUCUAUACUGUACAAGUGGAGAAGGAGUAUUUUCUGUCAAAGUUGUAGAAACAGAUGCAUCUAAACGAUGCGGCUUAGAAACCAGAAAUUAUACCCUUGUGGUAGCUGCAGUUGAUAUUAAAUUAAUGGAUGGUGAUGUAGUCCUUUUCACUUGGCCAUAUAGAUACAUUAGAAGAUAUGGUUACAAAGAUGGAAAGUUUAUUUUUGAAGCAGGAAGAAAAUGUGAAUCAGGAGAAGGUUCAUUUCGCUUGGAACACAGCAGCCAGCAAGAGAUCUUUCGAUGCAUGUACUCUAAAAUGAGAUCAAUGAAAAAAUUACUGAACGAAGAAAGUAAUCCAAGCAUUGACUGUAAUGAUGCUCAGUAUCAUGCUGCCUUAUCAAUGGAGGCUGGUUCCAGAGCAGCAUUACCUCCUUCUCCAAAUAGCUCUUCUAAUUUAAUUGAUAUCGACUUUUCACCACAAAAUUCUCAGAAACACUCAAACUCUUCUUCAAAUGUAGAUAGCAGUGUAUCUACUAAACCAUCUUCAUCUAUUGGAAGAUCAAAACCUGCAAAGCCGCCGCGUAAAUGUGUUUUCACGGGCUUGUUAGACAAGAAAAAUGUAGACUCUGAAUUGUCUGACUCAUCUGCAUGUGGAGAAUAUAAGGCAUUGGAUACCUCGCCGGAAUUAUCGCAAAAAACAAUUGGUAGUUCUAUCCUUAAUGAUGAAGAGAAACAUCCUUAUGAUCUAGUAGAAGUGAGAAAUGAUGCUUGGAAAACACAUGGAAUCGAUAACAUACAUCACACUGAGAGAGCAAACUCGUUAUUACAUAAUGACAAAAAUAAAGAAAAUGAGGAUGAUUUCCAAUAUGAAACUAUGAUGCCUUUUGUAUCUUCUCAAAGCUCUUCAAAGACUACACGGAGAAAACAAACGAGCGCCCCAGAAAGAGUUGCACAGGGUAGACCAGUAAGACGCGCAGCGGGUCAAAGAAAUGCUAGACGUCGUAUGCAAGCUAAUGUCAAUGAACAGGAGGCUGAUGAUGAGGAUGCAUCUGGAAAUGAGGGUACUGACGAGGUAGAUGAAAAAGUAGUUGUACCUGAUCAUAAGAUAGGUGCAAAGAAGAGAGCAAAAUUAGCAGCUAAAGCAGAGAAGAAGGUACAGAGAGAAGCAGCUGAUAAGGAAAGGGAAGAACGUAAAAAGCUAGAACAGCUUCUUCAAGAACAAAGAGACAAGCAAUAUGAAAAAGAACGCGAAGAAGAGUUAAAACAAGAAGAGGCAGAGAAGAUGGCUAGAGAAGAGAAAGAAAGAAAGGAACAUGAGGAAUAUUUGAAAAUGAAAGAAGCAUUUAGUGUAGAGGAGGAAGGCUAUGAAGAAGAUAACAAGGAUGAGGAAGAAAAUUUGUUGCAAUCAUUUCUUCAAUACAUCAAAGACAAUAAAGUAGUAGUCCUUGAAGAUUUAGCUGCACAUUUUGGCUUAAAGACUGCUGGUGUAGUAGAUAGAAUUCAGGAGUUGCAAACAACUGGAACUUUAACUGGUGUCAUCGAUGACAGAGGAAAAUUCAUUUAUAUCUCUCAGGGAGAACUUGAAGCUGUUGCAAAGUUUGUAAAACAGCGUGGUAGGGUCAGUAUCACUGAAUUGGCAGAAAGUUCAAAUGAAUUAAUAAGCCUGAAUCCAAGCAAACAACGUGAUAUGGUGGAGGCUAGAUAAAUGAAAAAUAUAUAUCCACAUUUCUAUUGCAAUGAUAAAAUAAUCAUAGGUUUAAUAAAUUUAUAUGCUGUUUUACAUAAAUCUGAUACACAUCCAUCCAGUAAAUAGGAUCCUCUAUAUGACAGAUUUUAUAUAUCACUUAUAAAUUGUAUAUUUUAUUUAUUUGUAAAUAAUUUUUUCAGAAUACAACAUUUGUUUUUUCCCAAAUUUCAUUCGCACAAAUUAAUUAGUCGACCGGUGUUCAGAACAAAAAAUUGAUCACCUGCGAAAGAUAUCGUUAAUAUUCGUAUUUAUAUUGAUAAAAAAUAAUACCGCUGCUGCGGGUUGAUUAACGAGGGAGCUUGUAAACUGCAAACCUUAUUAAUUAAAAAAAAAAAAUUUCGGUUGUUUUAAAACAACAUUCUGACGACGCUAUGGAUCGAUGUUGCGUCAGAUUCUAGUUUGCCUUUAGUUACAUGUUCCACGUUUUAUUUUUUUCUCAUUUUCCCCUGAAUGUAUAAUUUAUACCGCCUUGGGUGAGUCUCUAAAGACGACUGUAUCGUGAAAUUGCAUGCUGCUUGUAUUUGCAACAAUUUUAUUCAAGAACAUAUCAGCUUGAGCCUUGAAAAGAUUGAUGUUACCCUGAUUUAUGUGAAGAACCACUCGUGGCCCUUUACGACCAUUAGGUAUCCCAUUCUUCACACUAAAGUUAGUUCAGCAGUUAGGAGGGUUUCUCUCGAAAUUUUUCUACGCCCAAAAACAACGUAGACUUUGUUUUCGAGUCAAUGAUAAUAGUUCUGACCCGAAUCUAACUCGAUUUCUACGAGUAGAAAGAAUUAUAGUCCUGACGAUGUUUAUUCAUCGAGCCGCCAUCGUUCGAUAUUCUAACACGAAACGAUUGAAAAAAGAAUAAGAAACAAGUGUUCUUUGCUUCUUAAUAUACAUCGUUCCAUGUAUAAUCGAAGCAAUUAAGGAAAAUUUUAUAGGGUAAUUCUUUCCUGUACAAGAAUUACUAUUCUCUGUAAUUAAUGUACAUUAUUAAUGAACCUAUUGGUCAUUCCUUUUCAAGUAAACAAGUUCAAGAACUCAGUUUAAAUACGAUAUAAUUGAUCAGACUCGAUCCUAACUUAUAUACUUUGAA